AUGUCUACAGCGUUACGUUCUUCAUUUUCUAUGCAGAGCAUGGAAAGCCUUUAUUCAAACAACAGUUCAAAGUUUUCGGCGCUCCACCGGCGCAAGGCCGCUGCUAGGCAACCGGCCAUCGUUCUGGCGACGAACAGCGAUGUGCGGCACCGGGUAAUGUCGGCGCGUAUGCUGCGCCUAAAACAAUUGCAAAACCAACUUGAGGUUGCAAAUCUACACAUUUCGGAACUGACCAAAGACAACCGUCUGUUGAAAGCCUUACAAAAGCGCCAGGAUUCAGCGCUUUCAAAGUAUGAAAACACAAACGCCGAACUGCCGAAGUUGCUGCACUCGCACGCCGAAGAGGUUCGUACCUGGCAAACAAAGUAUCGGAACUUGCAAAACCAAAACAAGGAACUGAACAGCAAACUGAAGGCAAAGGAUGCGCAUAUUCUAACGAUAACGGAUCAGAACAAGCACCUAGUGCAGCUGAACAAGGAUAAGCAUCUAGAAGAACGUGAAAGACUGGCGGACAGGGUGCGCUAUUUGGAGACGAGACUAAUGGAAAAGGACAAUGAUGCCAAAUUACUCGCUAGAAGAUUACAACUAGAAACCAAAAACUUUAAGGCCCAGCUGCAACAGGAAGUUUUAAAGCAGCGCGAAAUGGCUCAGAAGCUGGAACGUACUCACCAUGAAAUCAAUCGACUGAACUCGGUUAUUGAGAUAUAUGAAAAGCGUACUCCAUCGACGCUGCUCAAGAACACUAGCUUUCUUCUGAAAACACCGAAACCAUCAUCCGGGCAGCAACAGCAACAGCUUGUAAGGUAUACGAACGGAACCACUCAUAAGCCAGUUUUUCCAACCUUUUCGGAACCAUCGCCAGUGAUCAACAUGGACGUAACAGCAAAACCAAAGUCAUCACAAGACGGUGAAGGUGAUGCUAAAUCUCCAAUCGCGAGUCCCCGAUCUUUGCAGCCCAUUUCACCGCCCGAAGAUACGCCACCAGCUCCGCAUAACUCGUCGAAACCGCGAAAGAAGCAUUCCAAGAGGAAGGUAGCACAACCUACGGAAGACGGGUCCAAUGGGUGCGAGAAGCGAGAGGAGCACAACUACGACGAAAAGAUGUGCACCGAGUUCAACCAGUACGCAAUGGAGCAGGAAGCCGAAUUUGAUAAGACCAUUGCGACUGAGCUGUUUCGUCUUCAUACCGAAAUGGGGUCUUCGGCUACUGCUACGAAGCUACUGAAAAAUAGAAGCAUCAAACAGUACAGCGCUACAACCGCUACAUCUUACGAAGACGACUACGAGCCGGAUCUGUCCUCGGAGAAGAACGUUUCCAAUCUGACGGAGAUUUUCGAACACAAGGCUCACAUAAACGAGAUCGAAAGCCACAUCCGUCGGAUGGGGUCGCCCAUUACCAUGGACGGAUAUCCGUCGAUCAAGGACAGCUCGAGUGUACGCAGGAGCAACCAUAAGAAAAAACCGUCUGCCAUUCUGGAUACGAACGAAACGGACCUUGAUUCUUCUGAAAGCGGAAGCAGAUCCUCGGCCAAGGAGUUGGAGGCACUGAAGCAGGAAAUGCACCAGAACAUUCUCAAAAAGGAGGCCAUGCUGGACACGUUUUGUGACGAAAUGAACGGUAAAGGGGCACAGCCCAAGGCACACCUCAAUCGGCCCAAGCUGGACAACUCGAGGCGUACGCAGAUCGAUCCGAAGAAAAAGCAGAACCUGCUGGAAGUGCUUAAGGCAAUCGAUGGCGACAGUUUUGACAAAUGA